AUGGCUCCGUCGCCUGCUCCUCACAGCAGGCCAGGCUUUGGUGGAGAUGCAGCCCCUGCAGCUGCAUCCUCGAGCGCCGCGGCCCCCGCUGCCUCUGCUUCCUCCUUGUCGCCCUCCGUCCAGCGAACUUCCACGGCGGGAACACCGAACGCGAGCGCACCCUCGAAUACGCACCACCAACAGCAGCAUCCAACACGCACCGGCAGUGGUAGCCCCAGGGGCCAAACACAUGGCGCCGCCAAGUCUUCGCCCCCCAGCGCCGCUGGUGGCCCUCCCAGGAUAAUCGUGAAGAAAGAGCCAGGCUCGCCAGAGCUGCCCGCCUCCCGGCAUCGCCCUCGCAGGUUAGACCUGUCCAAGAACGUCAAUAGCACCUCGCCCGCUACUGCCCGGCCUUACACCGCGCGCGACGGCUCCGCGCUGGGCAUCCAGGAGGUUGGCCUGGCUUGUCUGUCUCCAGGCUUUAUUACCCAGGACCCCGCCAUGAAGGAGCAGGUUCAGAGGAGCAUGUCGGUCCGUGAGCAGCAGAGACACCUCAUCGAGGCGCGGCUGCAACAACAGUCGGCAAAGGGCGACGGUCCCGGCGACAAGGACAAGGACCUUACCGGUGGAUUCGCUGCAAAGACACCAGGCAUGUCGCGCAGGAACAAGGCGCCCCCAGGGCUGUCCAUUGUCGCCCCCUCCCACGAGCACUUUGCCAGCGAACGGGUCAUCCAGUCGGCGCCCCUGGGCCAGACCUUCACCGGCAUGAACAACCCGCACCCCCUGACCCGCCACAUCGAGAACCGGCCGUCAAAGCUGUCCAACACAUCCCACAUCCACCACGUGCCGGCAAACCAGACGAACAACCGCCUGCCUCCCAUCUCCGAUGUCUUUGGCCAGCAGCUCUCUGCACACCCCGCCUCGCAGGAGCACGCCAUGUAUGCGCAGCACCCACCUGCUCCUCGUCCCGGCGGCUCGCCAAACCACUCCCAACAUCCCCACCCGCCUCCCUCGGCCAGGCUCAGGGAAUACAAGUCCGCCGAGGAGGCCCAGCAUGAGCUCGCCGGAGGCCGACCGGAACUCCUCCCCAAGCUCGUCCACUACGGCGGCCACCAGCCUCCUACCCCGCCGUCCCCUCUACCGGGCUCGCACCGGCCUGAGGCUACCCGAAGCCACAGCGCAAACAAGCGACGCCGCGACGAAUACGAGGCUGGCGUGUCACCACCACUGGGCAAUGGCAGGCCGGCCGUCCGCAGGGGACCCUUUGGCGAAGGACGUGACAGCCCUGAUACCCAACGCGCCAAAAGGGACGAGUUCCUGCGCCUCUGCGAGAGGGCCUGGGACCUGUUCCACUCCUGA